CAGAGAAGUCGUCUUUCGUGCGUCGUGUCAGUCAUUAGUGUCUACAGGAGCAAUCUACACUUUGGAGUGAAGUCUAAAAAAACAACUACCUACUUAUACAUUAAUCAUGGAGGUUGAAAUUCUGGACGCGAAAAAUUCCAAAUCCCUCGGAAAGUGCCGUGUACAGGCUGAAACCACAAUUAAAGCAUUGAAAAAUGAAGUUCAAAACCUGAAGCCAUCAAUGCCUGUUCACCGGCAAGCGCUGCGAUCGGAACCCCGUGGAAAAACUUUGAAGGAUUCCGAUACUCUGCAAUCGCUCGGCAUUAGCACGGGAGGGAAAAUCUACGUGAAAGAUUUGGGUCCCCAAAUCAGCUGGAAGGGAGUCUUCCUGGCGGAAUAUGCUGGUCCUAUAUUUGUGUACCUAAUCUUCUACCAGAGACCGUCAUUCAUCUAUGGAAGUGCCGCUGCGAAUCCAGUUAGUCUGACCGCCAACAUCGCUGCCGCUUGCUGGGUCGGUCAUUACGCAAAACGGCUGCUCGAGACGGUGUUCGUACAUCGGUUCUCCCAUGCUACCAUGCCGCUGAUGAACCUGUUCAAGAACUGCACAUACUACUGGGCUUUCGCUGGCUACGUGGCCUACCACGUGAAUCACCCUCUGUUCACCGAACCGAACACUGUUGUCAUGUACGCUGGCUUGGCCGGAUUCAUAGUCAGUGAGCUAGGCAACUUCUCCAUCCAUAUGCUGUUGAGAAACUUGAGACCAGCUGGCUCGACAGUUCGCAAAAUCCCAAAACCAGACGCCAAUCCAUUGAGUCAACUGUUCAAUUUCGUGUCCUGCCCCAAUUAUACGUACGAAUUCUUAUCCUGGCUGUCGUUUUCGGUGAUGACCACCUGUGUCCCAGCGCUGAUUUUCACCGCUGCCGGAAUGUACCAGAUGACGGUGUGGGCCAUCGGCAAGCACAAGAACUAUAAGAAGGAAUUCAAGGAGUACCCGAAGUGCAGAAAGGCUAUUCUGCCGUUUGUCCUCUAAAUUUACCUGGUUUGAUAUUAAUUCAAUUGAGAGAGCAUUUAUGCGGAACAUUCUCUUUGCAUUUUGGUGAACGGUUUGGUUUUUCUCUUAAGAAUAGUGGCUAAGGCGAGUUUUAAGGUUUAGUGGAGAAAUAAUAACUGAAAUAGGAUAUGGAAGCAAGGUAUGAGAGGUAAAUUAAUUAUUUGAACGAAGUUUCAUAAAUUAUGAAAUUCAACAUAGUGCUACCAUUCUUCAUCUAAUGGAUAAUUAUCGUUUUUGUUAGUUUAAAUUCUAAAAGCCACAAAGAUCCUAUGACCUAAGAUACAUCACAUUGUAACAAAAAAGAGUGGUGGGUAUUUUGUUUCUGCUUUGAAAUGUAGAAUAUUAUAGAACUAAGAAGACCUUUUCGUCGUUGGUGAUUUUCAUAAAAUACAAGAAUUGCAUGACCGUAAAAUAAAGCUCAUUGGUUACUGUAGCA